AUGGAUGAUAGUCUAUAUUUAACCACUUAUGAAGCUGCCUUGGCAGUGGUUGCAACCGCAAUGAAGAAAUCACGGUUGCGAAUAGAUACAUUAAUCAUUAAUUCCCUUAUUGGAGGAAUAUUGUUUGCAUCUGGUGGAAUGCUACAUACAACAGUUGGGUCCACAUUACCUGAAGUUUAUCAGAAUAACCCUGGAAUUAUACUGAUCUUGGCAGGGUUUUGUUAUCCUAUUGGGCUAUUCUAUGUUGUGAUUAUCGGGGUUGAUUUAUUUAAUUCAAAUGUGUUGUUUUUCAGUACAGCCUUAUGUAGAGGAGCGGUAUCAGUUUUAGAUUUGUUGAUAAGUUGGAUUGUUAGUUGGACCUUUAACCUUGUUGGGAAUAUCUUCGUUGUAUAUAUAUUCAGUCAUUAUUCUGGCAUUUCUAGAAGUGAAAGUAUGAUAACGGGGACUAUUGAAAUUGCUGUUGCAAAAAGCUCCGGUUCUUUUGUUCAAAUAUUUAUUAGAGCAAUUGCUGGAAAUUUCUAUGUUUGUUUGGGUAUCUUCUUGCAAUUAAUGGCAAAACCAAUUCAUGUUAAGUUUUUAAUGUUGUUACUUCCUAUUCUCACAUUUGUCACUAUUGGUUUCACCCAUUGUAUCGCUGACAUGUAUAUUAUGAUUGUUGGUUUAAUCAAUGGAGCUCCAAUAUCAGUUGCAACGACAAUCUGGAAAGUUUUUAUACCAGCCACUUUGGGAAACAUAGUAGGAGGAUCAUUUUAUGGAAUUGUAGUUACAUGGUAUUUACAUAUUUACGUUGUUGAACAAGAUCGAAAGAAAUUGAAAUUACCAAAGUAUGAAGUCAGAGAUGAACAACCUGAAUUGAAUAUGGAUUCAAGAGUUGUAAGACAAAAAAGUAGUCCUACAUAUGAUGAAGUAGAGGAAAGUGACACUGAUGAUACCGAUGAGAAACAUGACGAUUCGAGAAAUCACGCUAGUGAAGGAACAGACUCACCAGAUUCUGCAAGUUAUCAACCACAACCAUACUACGAAGAUAACCGGGGACUAAGUUAUUCCACAACGCGCGGUUCGGCAUAUUCUACAUCAACCAUACGCUCUCGCAACCACAGAUCACCUAAAAACGUUUUUCCAGUAUACGGCAUGGGCCCACCAUUAGCCAGAGAACGCACAAUUGCUGAUGGAAGGCGGCACUCAGUCCCGAAGAAUUUUGUCGCAGAUAUCAUGGGACCGGAAGAUACAGAAGCGGAGGCUGAAUAUAUCGGAGAAAAGUUGAAAAAAAUCUUGAGCAAUAAAUCAACAAAGCAGCGAGAUCUAGAAGCUGGACCUCCAAAAGCAAGGAGCCCACGACAAUCGACUUCAAAUCGCAGAGCGUCACAAGUACCGCCGACAAGAUUCUCGUGGACCCUAAAUGCAGAUGAUUUGCAGCUGGAAACACAAUCAAUUGCUUCUUCAGUUUCAGGUGUUCCUCGUACGAAGCCCAGUCUCAUAAAUCAAUCUCAGCAACAUCCCAGGAAAGUAAGUUUCGAACAGGACUUAUCAGUCGUAGGUCUUCCAAGUACACUGAAGGAAAAUUAA